AUGCCUUCCGCAGCUCGAACCACACGGUUCAAGACCCUGCAGACGCUGAACCUUGACUACGCCCCAGUCAAGCUCACCCAGUAUGAAUCUGCACGGACCGGCCUGAGAGUAGUGACAGUCGAUCACGCUGGACCCAGAGUGGAAGGGUACUUUGCUCUCGCCACCGAGAUCCACGACGACUCUGGAGCACCUCACACCCUCGAGCACCUAUGCUUCAUGGGCUCGAAGCGGUACCAGUACAAGGGUCUGCUGGACAAGCUGUCAACUCGAGCGUUUUCUACGACCAACGCGUGGACAGCUACCGACCACACCGCUUACACUCUUACCACAGCUGGAUGGGCUGGCUUUGCACAGAUCCUGCCGGUCUACUUGGAGCACUUAAUCGUGCCCACGCUGACAGAUGCCGGCUACUAUACAGAGGUCUUCCACAUCGACGGCAAGGGCCAUGAUGCAGGCGUGGUGUAUGCGGAAAUGCAAGGCGUGCAGAACGAUCAAGCAGAGCUCAUGCAGCUGGGCGCUCAGCGACUGCUUUAUCCCGAAGGCAAUGGCUUUCGAUAUGAGACUGGUGGUAUGAUGGAGCAGCUUCGCGUUCUAACGCCAGACCGGAUACGUGCAUUCCACAAGGAGAUGUACCAGCCGAAGAACCUGUGUCUGGUGUUGACUGGUGAGAUUGACCACAAGGAGCUCUUACACAUUCUGGACGACUUCGAAGAGACCAUCAUCGACGAUGUCCCGGACGUUAACGCACCUACAAAACGACCGUGGAUAGAUUCCAAGCCGACGCCACCGCUUUCACAGACGACCGUCGAGCGCAUCAAGUUUCCGGAGGAAGACGAAAGCAUGGGCGAGAUCAUGGUUGGAUAUCUGGGACCUGACUGCAACGAUCAGCUGGCAAAUGGCGCGCUCGCCAUCGUCCUUAGCUACCUCUGUGGGUCAUCAAUCACUGUGCUCGAGAACACUUUGGUGGAGAAGGAGCAGUUGUGCAGCAUGAUCUACUACUCUACAGACACCCGACCCGACGUUGUCAUCUGGUUCUCAUUAUCGGCUGUGGCGACCGAGAAGCUGGGAGAAGUCGAGCAACGAUUCAUGUCACUUCUGAAAGAGACGACUGCGAAACCACUGGAUAUGAACUAUAUCGCGGAUUGCAUCAAAAGAUACCGCAGGGUCAUCAAGAUGGGCGCCGAAAAUGCUGGACGCUUCUUCUCCACGCCGGCCAUCGAAGACUUUCUCUUCGGCCACAGGGAUGGUCGAGACCUCAAGGCGCUUGAGGAUCUGAAGGAGCUGGACACGCUGGAAGGCUGGAGCGACAAGCAAUGGCGGGACUUCAUGUCGAAAUGGCUCGCCGAUGCAAAGCACGUCACCAUCUUGGGUGAGCCGUCGAAGGAGCUAUCCGAGAAGAUCACUCGUGAGGAGGAAGCUCGUGUCAAGGCUCAACAAGAACGGCUUGGAGAAGAAGGUCUCAAGAAGCUGGCCGACAAGUUGGCAGAAGCGCGAGCUGAGAACGAUAAGCCCAUCCCAAACUCGCUGCUUGACAAGUUCCCGGUUCCAUCUCCCACGUCAGUACACUUCAUCUCAACCACAACCGCAAGAGCAGGCAAGGCUCGAAAGAUGGGAGAGCUGGACAACAACAUCCAAUCGAUCAUCGAAAAGGAUGACAACGACUCGCCACUGUUCAUUCACUUCGAGCACAUGCCUUCUAGCUUCGUUCGGAUCAAGCUUGCAAUGUGCACGGCAUCGGUACCUCUGGAACUCAAGCCACUUCUCACGCUCUAUAUGAUGAACGUUUUCGCCACCCCAGUCACGCGUGAAGGCAAGCGGAUGGAGUUCGAAGAGCUUGUCUUACAGCUGGAGAAGGAGACGGUGUCGUAUGGUGUCAACGUGGUAUCUGCCAACAGUGAGAUGAUCACUAUCGAGUUCGAGACUGAGCCUGAGUACUACAAGAGCGUCAUCGACUGGCUACGAACUCUGCUCUUCGAUGCCAUUCACGACCCGAAGAGAUUGUCCUCCUCACUCACAAAAAUACUGGCAGACAUUCCCGAGGAGAAGCGGAGCGGCUCAAGCAUGAUGGCUGCCGUCAACCAAAUGAUCCUGUACGAGCGGGAGUCGAGCGUCCGAGCACAAAACACCCUCUCCAAAGCUCUGUACCUCCGCCGCCUCAAGAAGCUGCUCGCCUCCAACCCGGACGAAGUCAUCGCACAGUUUUCCCAACUCUGCCAAUCCCUCCACCGGCCCGAAAACUUCCGCAUCUACGUCGCCGCCGACAUCGAGAAACUGCCCAACCCGGUCUCCGCCUGGUCUACUCUGAUCUCCGACUCCAAUCCCAACAAACCGCUCGAACCACUCGACAACAAAAAGGCCCUGCUCAGCAAAAUUGGGAAGAAUCCAGGCUCAACCUCCUACAUCAUCCCCAUGUCCACUGUCGACUCCUCCUGGGCUCUCCUCACCGCCAAAGGCCCAGACACCUACGACCACCCCGACCUCGCCGCCCUCAUGGUCGCGACCUCAUACAUGGACGCCGUCGAAGGCCCGCUCUGGGUCGCUGUCCGCGGGACUGGACUCGCCUAUGGCACCAGGUUCCGCCGAUCAACAGAGACAGGGCUACUGCAGUUCUCCAUCUCCCGCUCACCGGAUACCUUCCGCGCAUUCUCCGCUGCCAAAGAGCAAGUCGAGGGCUAUGCGAGCGGAGCGUUCGAACUAGACAAAUACGGUCUCGAAGGCGCCGUGAGCGAAAUCGUCCUCGGAAUGGCGGAAGAGCAGCCCAUCUACGCUUCCGCCGCGCACCAGAGCUUCUUGAAUCAAGUGAUCCGCGGGGUGGACAAGGAGUAUAGUCAUAAAAUGCUGGCUCAAGUGCAAGAUGUGACGGCUGAGCAGGUUAGGAGCGUGAUGCGGAGGUAUAUGGUUCCGGUGUUCCAGGCGGGGACGGCGAAUCUGGUUGUUACGUGUGCGCAGAUUAUGAAGGAGAAGCUUGGGGAGGCGUUUGAGGGGGCGGGUUUCAAGCCCGAGGUGAAGGCGUUGGCGGAUUUCCAGGACGAUUAUGGGAUGAAGGGGGAUGGUGCGGAUGGCGAUGAGGAUAUGGAGGAUGAUGAUGGGGAGGGGGAGGAUGAUGAGGACGACGAUAGCGAUAAGGAUGACGAGUGA